AUGGGUAAUCAGAUCCUUGGAUACACACUGGAUGAAAUACUUUCUACAAUGGGGUUCGGGACUUUCCAGGGUCUUGCCCUGUUUUUUGCUGGGGCUGGGUGGCUUGCAGAAGCCAUGGAAAUGAUGCUUCUCUCCUUCAUAGGACCAGCAGUUAAAUCUGAGUGGACACUUUCUCCCACUGAAGAGAGUCUUCUAACAACUGCUGUUUUUGGUGGAAUGCUUGUCGGAGCAUAUUUUUGGGGCUUCAUAUCGGAUGCCUAUGGGAGAAGGAUUGCAAUGCAAGGUGCAGACUUAGUAACAGCAGCAGCUGGACUGUUAAGUGCUUCAUCCUCAGAUUACAAGUCACUGAUUAUAUAUCGUAGUUUACUUGGAUUUGGUGUGGGUGGUGGACAUGUUUUUACAUCAUGGUUUCUGGAGUUUAUCCCAGCUUCUAGUAGAGGUGCUUGGAUGAUUGGUAUUUCAACUUUCUGGACUAUUGGAACAUUAAUGGGAGCUUCACUUGCAUGGAUUGUCAUGCCUGGCUUGGGUUGGAGGUGGCUACUUGCUUUGUCUUCUAUACCAGCUUUCUUGGUUCUUCUCCUUUCUACUUUUGCACCAGAGUCUCCAAGAUACCUAUAUAUGAAAGGCAGAACAAAUGAAGCACUUGGAAUUUUGGAAAAAAUAGCUUUAAUCAACCGAACAGAACUCCCCACUGGAAUUCUUCUCUCUGAUCAAAACAUGGAUCUAGAUGAAGAAAAUGCUCCAUCAGAUGAAACUCCUCUUCUUUCCUCAACUGGGAAAAAGAUAAGUUAUUCUGAAACGUUCUUCAAAUCUGUGCUCGAACUCUUUUCAACAAAUUUAUUGGGGACUACUCUUCUCUUGUGGCUUACGCAUUUUGGAUAUACAUUUGCAUACUAUGGAGUUGUAUUGUUGAUCACUGAGUUUAACAGUGCGCAAAGAGAAUGUAGCUCAACGACUAUCCAGUUCAAAAAAGCCCAGGAUGCUAGCCUCUAUAUUGACGCAUUUAUUAAUAGUUCUGCAGAACUUCCUGGGCUUGUUGUAGGAGCAGUUCUUGUGGAUCGGUUAGGUCGCAAGCUUACAAUGGAAAUUCUAACCUUGUUAACUUUCAUCCUUAUGCUACCACUUAUUUCGCAUCAAAACGAGAUACUGACUACAGCUUUGUUAUUUGGUGCUCGCAUGUUCAUUUCCACUGCAUUUACAAUCUUAAUUGUCUAUGCAAAGGAGGUAUAUCCGACUUCCAUAAGGGGCACUGGUGGUGGACUUGCAACUUCUAUGGGACGAAUUGGUGGUAUGGUGGGCGUCGUUCUCAGCUGCAGCAGUGUGCCUGCCGCCCGCACUGCAGCGAUCUGCGUCUUCAUCCUUCAGCUAUCUUUCAGCGAUAUAGCCUCAUCCACUUCUCAGGCGAUUUCAACCUACAGCGAUCUGCAGUGCGCCGCCGCUGCGACGCAUUGCAUGGUGAUGGCGGUGCAAUGGUAUUGGUAA